GUCCUCCUUCCCUUCCUCGACAAGCGCACGCGGACACGCCACCACGCCACAGCCAAACCCAAAACACACACAAGUAAAAGAGAAACAGAAAGGCAGAGCACGAGAGAAAGAGAGAAGCAGCCUGCCCCCCCCAACCAAAAAGGAGAGGAACGCCGCCCGCGCCUCCCCUCCCCGCCCUUCUCAUAAGGAACAAAGGGAAGGAGCAGCGGAGCCUCACGUUCCGAAAAUCCCGACCUUCCCCCAGUAGGCCAGGAAUAGGCGACCGGCAGCACACGUUUGCCCCCCAUCGGUUGCCUGCCUGCCCUGCCCUGCCGAACUAGGCGGAGGAGGGAGGCCGGAGGGGAUGGGGAACGUGACGUCGUCGGUGGCGGCGCGGCUGGCCUUCUUCCCGCCGGAGCCGGCGACGUACGAGGUGCUGGCGGCCGAGGGCGGCGGCGCCGGCGGUGGCGGGCUGCGGAUGACGGGGGUGCUGCCCGACGCGGACGUCGACGUCCACGCGCUGCCCACCAGGGCCGGGACCCGCGUCGUCGCCGCCUUCUGGCGACACCCCGCCGCGCGCCUCACGCUGCUCUACUCCCACGGCAACGCCGCUGACCUCGGCCAGAUGCUCGGCCUCUUCAUGGAGCUCCGCUCCCACCUCCGCGUCAACAUCAUGUGCUAUGAUUAUUCAGGAUAUGGUGCCUCUACAGGAAAACCAUCCGAGUACAACACAUACUAUGACAUAGAGGCUGUCUAUGACUGUUUGAAAAAGGAGUAUGGGAUAGAACCAGAGGAGCUAAUCCUGUACGGGCAAUCAGUUGGGAGUGGACCGACAUUGCACCUGGCCUCACGUUUGGAAAAACUAAGAGGGGUUGUCCUUCACAGUGCUAUACUAUCAGGCAUACGGGUUCUCUACCCAGUAAAAGUGACACUUUGGUUUGAUAUCUUCAAGAACAUCGACAAAAUAAAGCAGGUUGAAUGUCCAGUGCUGGUUAUACAUGGCACAGCGGAUGACAUCGUCGACUUCUCUCAUGGCAAGCGCCUGUGGGAACUAGCAAAGGAGAAGUACGAGCCUCUCUGGGUCAAAGGCGGUGGCCACUGCAACCUGGAAACUUACCCAGAGUACAUCCGGCAUCUUCGCAAAUUUGUAAACGCGAUGGAGAAGCUCGCGAGAGAGAAAGCGCCCAAGGUGCCCCAGAUGCUGCCUUCGUCAUCGAGCAUGGAUGAAGUAAAACACAACAAGUGCUUGAGAUUCGGGAAAUGACAGACAGAACCUUUAACCACUUGAGCUAUCGCUAACCGUGCUGUUGCUCGUAUAGAAACUGAUGAUCUAACAGAAGAAGCCCAGUCGCCAUGGGAAGGAAGUUUCCUGCCAAUCCUGACGACAACCGAGUGCAGCACGGUUGCUUACGGCCGGCUCGGGUUCGUGCGGGUUCAGGAUUAGACAGACUUGUAAUGGCUGCAAGUGUGUUAUGCUGGAGAACGAUGCCUGGGAGGAAGAGAGUUCUAGCCAUGAUCUGAGUCGACAGAAGAAGCCUAGAGGAGGAAGGGAGGGGAGCUUCCAGGAAAACACGUAGCCUGUUGUCGAAGUAGUUCAGUCACGCGCGCUCCCCUGUUUAAAUUGUUCAGUUUGUAUUAGUUGCUGUGCAAAAGAAUCAAACUGCUCCCAAUUGAUUGCAAAGUGCAUUGCAUACUGUCUGCUAACUCUUUCAGUGACCGGUUAAUCGGUACUCAGAAUGCAACAAACUGAGCCUCUUAUCAGGCUGUUACCUGUUCCA